CACCACUGCUCCUCCCUCUCUACAGACGUUCCAGCUUGCUUUCCUCCCAAGCCUAGCAACGAACAAUGAGAGAGAUGCAAGGGAAGCUCAUCAAGCAGCAGGCUCGUAGCGAAGCAGGAGUGAUGUGGGUUCUGGUAGCUGCUGCUUUGCUCUCCCACAACUUGGCCGUCCCAGUGAUGGCAUCCUCCCAGCUGAUUGGAGACCAGAAGAACUACUACCCCCCAGAUCCACAUUCCAGGACUCCCCCUUCAGGUUCCCACACUCCUUCCACUCCAACUCCAUCGCAUGGUACUUCUUCACCUCCACACCACACUACACCUUCUCAUGGUCAUGGAGGAGGUUACCAUCCCACUCCCUCAAAUCCUCCAACUGGGAACUGUGGAACCCCACCUUCUGUUCCAACUGAUCCGACUACUCCAUCAACUCCCCCUUCCGGAGGAGGCGGCGGAUAUGUCCCUUCACCUUCCCCACCAACCGGCGGAGGCGGCGGAUAUGUCCCUUCACCUUCCCCACCAACUAGCGGAGGCGGCGGUGGUAUUCUGACUCCCCCAACUCCUAUCAUCGGCGGCAGCCCCCCGACCAUUCCUAUCAUCGGCACCCCUUCUACGCCUCCAUUUGUCAUUGAUCCAAACUCUCCCUUCUCAUGCAACUACUGGAGGAACCACCCAGCAAUCAUCUUUGGGCUGCUAGGGUGGUGGGGCACACUGGGGAACGCAUUUGGAGCUCCCAGCCUGCCAGGCCUUGGACCCUCCACCAGCCUUCCCCAGGCUCUCUCCAACCCUCGAAGGGAUGGCUAUGGAACUCUCUAUCGAGAAGGGACUGCUGCACUGCUCAACUCCAUGGUCACCAACAGGUUUGCUUUCACCACCAACCAGGUGAGGGAGAGCUUCGUUUCGGCGCUGGGAUCCAACAAGGCUGCUGCUGCCCAGGGACGUGUCUUCCAGAUGGCCAAUGAAGGACGUCUCAAGCCCAGAAACUAGCUUUGGUAGUAGAGGUUGAGAGUCAGUUGUCAUGAUGUAAGGUGUUUGUUCUGUUCACCACCACCAUUAUCAUAGUCUGCAAGUGGUCUUCUGUCAGUUAUCAAUUACUUAGAAUUUCUACAUUUUAUAUGCUGAUGUUGGUCUGUUUUAUGUGUUCGUUACUUUAGUAAUGUCUUUUAUGUUUAUCCCAUUGAAGAGGACAGCUUUAGAGUGUUAUGGAUUUGGAUGUUAAAGUUUUAAUGCUUCACCAGCCAUAGCAAGUUAGUUUUCUUCAUCAGUUUCCGAGUUUAGUGAGAAGUUGAUUGCACCGGAUCCGGUUAUCACUUAAGUGUUGCUUGUGCUGCAUACUAACCACGUUAAAGUUUUUCUUUACAACUAAACUAGACAAGCUGGU